AUGUUCCAUCAGUCGCUGACUCUACCCGUCCAAACACCGGACGAAUUCUAUCACCUAGCACUAUUGCCAGGGACCGACUUCAUACCAGAGGACUUCGAAGAGAAGGAGCAGAAGAAUCAGGAAGUUCUUCAUGCUCGAUACCCUAGGCCAGGACAUAUAGGCACAGAGGGGCGACCACCGCGUUCAUAUCGAGAACACUUUUCACCAUCCACAGCUUCCAGAGUACUCGGCAGGGGACCCAUCACCGAUGUCACCCUCGGAAAUGAGUACAGCGGAUUUAGAUAUAUUCCGCCUAUAGCCCUUACUGUUAUCAGCACGUCUCGCAUCAUCGGCACUCUCCAUCAAAUUCGCAUCCUUACCACCAAGCGAUAUGCACGCAAGCUCGAAAAAAAAGACCUCAACCAUCUUUCGGAAGUCAUCAGAGGACUCGAAGGGGUUAAGUGGACAGUCGCCGCUUACGCACUAUCUAUGGUACAUCAAGCCAUAGUUAAGGAGUUCUGUGACUUCGUCGGAUACCGAAAGAAGCAGAAAGGGUCUGUCAAGCAGCUGGUAAAGGAGAUAUAUGAGAAGUUUGAAUUGGGAGUAGCAAGAGUCGGACCAAGGACCAAUUUCUUCGAUAACUACACCGUUGAAUUCAUCCUCAUCCCCUUCAAUCAGUGGCACAACGCUGUCAUUCGUGAAACCACCCUCAUAACCUCACUAGAACGAAUCUACGAAGAUUGGUUCGAGUGGCUAGAGCUUAUUGAGGAAGCACUGGACACGCUUGAUGAGGAGGACGAAGAAGGGGAGGAACGACAAAGAAUAGAGGACGAGGAGAUUCAGGACCGGCUUCGAAGGAUCGAAGCCCAGAUCGAUCAGCUGGAACAGGAGCAUCAGUUAAAUUCAUACACCUACAAUCUCCUGGUAUCCAGUAUUCGCACAAGGCGGUCACAGGCCACACUAGCGGGGAUCACUAACUCCCUCGACAACAUCCUCGACUACAAUUGGGAAGAACACCACGAAAGACAUUCACUUUCUCCUGAAUUUAAUCUCAAUUGGAAUUCAUUGUGCGAGGAAAUAAACGAUCGAGGAGAGCAGAGAUACCCACCAAUUCCGACACCCUUUAGGCAAAACCCAGCCUAUUACGAGGAAGAAGACGAAGAAUCUAGCGACGGGUCAAGGAUAUCUGAACCCGAAUCGUACAAUUCUUGGGAAAGAACAUCCGAAGAUUCUAGGGGUUAA